AUCCAGUCUCCUGAUAUAUCUCAACAGCUGUACUUGCGGCCAUAUCCAUCCCAGCCCACAGUCUGUUCUUCUUUUUUGCAACACAGGGCUGACAUUUGAAAAUGCUUAGACAUGCCAAGACUUUGGGAGACCAUUUGAAUAACUUGCAAUGAUCUUCCAUGCAAGCAGAUCAAGGCAGACUCAGCAGUAAUCACCAGGCAGAGGCUGCUCUAUGUGUUCCAACACAGUCCAGCCAUGGACGAAGGCAAAACACUGAAAAUCCGGCUAACUUUCUCCAUUAUUUUGGUUGGUGUUGCUUUAUUGUUUGCAGCUGUGGUGACUGAUCAUUGGGCAGUGCUGAGCCCUGAAGUGCUGCAGUACAAUGCCACCUGUGAGGCUGCUCAUUUUGGGCUAUGGCGGCUUUGCACAAAACGGAUUUACGUGCAGGAUACCAAAGAGAAGGGCUGUGGACCGAUCAGUCUGCCAGGAGAACGUAACUGUUCCUACUUCAAACAUUUCACACCAGGACAAAGUGCAGAGAUAUUUGAAGUAAGCACGCAAAGAGAAUAUAGUAUUUCAGCUGCAGCCAUUGCAAUCUUCAGUGUCAGUUUUGCAAUCAUUGGAACGAUCUGCGUCCUCUUAUCCUUUAGGAAAAAAAUGGAUUAUCUCCUGAGGCCAGCCUCCAUGUUCUACACUUUUUCAGGUCUCUGCAUUAUCAUCUCUGUUGAAGUCAUGAGACAGUCUGUGAAAAGGAUGAUUGACAGUGACGAGACAUCCUGGAUUCAGUACUAUUAUUCAUGGUCUUUUGCCUGUGCCUGUGCCUCUUUUGUCCUGCUCUUUGUCUGUGGAAUUGCUCUUCUCCUAAUCGCCUUGCCUCGCUUCCCCCAGAACCCAUGGGAGACCUGUAUGGAUGCAGAACCAGAGCACUAAACACGUUCAUCACAGAUCACUGGCUCUGCUCUGCCAGAGAGUAUUGUAAAAGAGGUUUAUUUAAUGUCUGGAUGGCAGCGUACGAAGACAAAAGUACCUUUAUAUAAAACCUGAUCAUUGAACCGAAGGAAAGUUCAAUCCUAAUUAUUGUUUUAAAAAAGCAUUAAGAUCAACAGGUUGGGUUAUAUGUAAAAUAACUGUGCUCUACUACACCUAAAAUUUCUGCCUUCAACCUAUUAAAGGCUGAGAGAGGUAAUUUGCAGUCUGGGAAUACUUUGUGCAAAUGAAAUGGAGGGAAAAUGUGAGGGAGGUUGUUUAAUGAGAAGCUAUAUAUUCUAGCGGUUAAAGCACAGGACUGGAAGCUGGGAUAGCUAAGCCAAGCAAUCCUGGCUUGGCAGCAAACACCCCGUGCAAUCUGAGCUUCUCAGCGAGUCAGUUUCCCCAUCUGUACAAUGGGAAUAAUGUUUCUCUACCUCACAAGGAUGUGGUGAGGCUUAAUCUACUAAUGUCUGUAUAUAGUAUAGAGCUCUUCACAUUGUAAGGGUUAUAUUGUAGUUACAGUAAAAGAGGUUUUUGCCUACUUUAGGGAUUAAAAUUGACCUUCCAGUUGUACAUCCGAAAGGUCUGCAAAUCAUUUUCACUUCUGAACUAGGAAUGUAAAAGUCAUAUAAUUCCUAUUCAAUUUGAACUCCGAUGGCAAAGCCAAGCAAGUAUUGAACAACACGGAUAAUAUCUUCCUUUAAUAAAGAGGCGUAAUCUUCCAUUGAGAUAUAA